AUGUUGAUCUGCGGUUUUCACCGCUCUCCUUCAGAUAUGUUCUGUUUUUCUGAUAUUUUCAAUGCAAAUUCCACCGAUUUCACGUAUCAAUUGGAGGUGAAAAGGCCAAAAGGAAAAUAUAACAACCAUCAUUCUCACCAGGCGAGUAUUCUGGAACAACAACAACAACAUAGAAAACAGAUUUCUCCAUGGAACUUCAGGAUUUCCUUAUUCAUGCUCGAGUCUUCAAGCUUUACAGACAAGCAACUAAUGUUGUUUCAUGGCUCAAUGAGGAAGGGUGUAGUAAGCAUUUUGAGAAAUGCUAGGUUCACACUACGCUCUCUAAGACAAUCUUUGGCACGAGAUCUUCGGUAUUUUGGGCUGGCAACUGCGGGGGCUGAUUUUGGUUUACUGUUGCUGCAGCUUAGUAAGUUGGGCAUGCUGGCAUGGUCAGAUUUUCUGGCUGAAUUGAGAUUUGUAGACAAAUUUGAACCCCAAAUUUCAAAGCAUGGAAGUCUUGGGAAACAAUACUUUUAUGACUAG